AAGCCCGGAUAAAUGGGGAGGGUUGCGUUAGGAAGGGCAUCCAGCAUAAAAACAUGUGCCAAAUCAAACAUGUGGGUGAUCCGCUGUGGCGACCCCUAACGGGAGAAGCCGAAAGAAAGUUUUUUCCUAUCACCUGAUCUUUGGGUUUAUGUAUAAAGAACAUAUUUAGGUAUCAGAGUAACAGAAAUCCUCUUUCCAAUUGUAAUUAUCAGUUUAUAAACGUUGCCUCAAUUCAUUUCAAUAUAUAAAAAUGUAUUGCUUUUGUCUAUGGGUCUAUAGGAUGUGUGUGUUUUACAUAAUAUUACAGAAAUUGCAUGUAUUGUAUGUGUUACAUGUGCUCUGUAUUAGGAUUAAGCAAGCGGAAUUAAAGCAAGCGAUUUUGAAUAAACACAUUUGAAUAUACCACAUAAUACAAAAUAAGGCCUUGUGUUCCGAGUAAUGUACAUGUCAAGUCUGAUACUCGUGUAUUUGUGUAAGCAAAUAAAUAGGAGGUCCAUUAACAGGUAGAAAGAAAAGAAAUUAAUGAAUAACUUUUUCUAGUUAAAAUCUAUGCUUUCGGAUGCGAAGUUAGCUCUUGAUUAACUCAAUUUAUAUGACUAAGGAGUUCAUCAGCAAAACGGUAUGAGGCUGGCAUUUCAGAAAUAAUAAAUGAAAUUAGAGUUUGUCUGUCUGUCCAUCUGUUUGUUUUUCUCUCUGUCUGACCAUCUAUCAGAGAGCUGCUGAAAUGAAACUCCUAUACUUUAUGCUUCUCUCUAUCUUUGGAGCUGAAGUUGUCUCCAAUACAUCACCUGAAAAUAAUGAUACGGUGGAAACAACUAUGUGCAACUGGGCAAAGAAAGUAUACAUGGAGUCCAUAUGCUCACCAUUUAAUGGGAAAAACAAAACCUUUAACCUAGGAAUCUUUAACGUGACUGUAGUUAAGGUGAAUUGCGUCGUUCUCAGGCUCAUGCAGACUUGUUCUUUUCAGGAAUGCUGUACUGCUUUAUUUAAGUUCUAUAAUGUAACAGAGAAUGACUGCACUGACAGACAUGAAAACAGCUCAUGUGAUUUAUAUGCUCUGAUGAUGGAGCUAAAGAAGACCAAAGCUGAUGGGUGUGCAACAAUUUCCUUUUCAAAGGUUCCUCUUUCCUGUACUUCUAAUUUAAAGGCACAAACUGAUCAGCAGCAGCAGACAAAUCUUUCCUGUAAUAGUAAUAAAGGUUGUUGUCUUUUGCUGUUGUUGUUUUCUAAGCCACUCACCUCUCACCCAACAUUACUUAUUUGCUUGUUUUCUGUUUGUACAGUUAAUAGUGGUGAGAACUUUUUUAACUACAACAACACAGAAAUACAAAUUGCAGAGAAUCUCAGUACAGUAGUCUGCAAAUGGAAUGGUUCUCAGUGUUAUGUAGAGUGCACCGCUGUCAAUCUCACCAUAAACCUAACUGGUAUUAUCAACAUACCUUCUGCUAUAAUACCUUCAAACUACAAUCAAAACAAAACAUUUGUCUUCAACAUAAGUGAGCAAGAGACCACAUGCAAAGUCACAGUGUGUGAAACGAAUCCAAUAAGUACAUUGAUAGAGAUCUUUUUAAGCUCUGGUGACUGGAAACAUUUUACACAAAUACAAAAGAUGUGUAGUGAAUUGUUUGCUUCUGAUGAGUCCAUAAAAAUAUCAUUCAUCAGUGCAGAGAAAAAGUACAUCGACAACCUCAUUAACCUACCGUUUAAUGAAACAACUGAAAAUUAUGACCUAGAAGAAUUUAACAUGACUGUAGUGAAGAUAAAUAGGAUGAACACCACAGACCACGGGCGUGUAAAAAUCUCUGCACCGAAGAUGCCUGAUACAGAUGAUAUUCCUAUUAAUGUUUUUGUCCCUAUUGAACCAUUUCUGAAUGUCUCUGAAGAGCAGUGCAAAACUGCUGUAGUGACAUACCCCUCCAGUGUACAGUUCACUAGAGACUCAAACCUUGUGUUUAAGUCCAAUGUCAUUCGUGUUGAAGCUUUUAGACUUGAGCUUAAGGACCUUUCCAAUCGGCUUAUUAUCAACUUUACAGUGAACAGCACUGAUAUAAUACAUGAAAAUCAGAUCCUGUUGUGUCAGUUUUACAAUGAAACAGUGGACAGGUGGGAGAACACUGGGUCUUUCACCAACCUGGAGAGCUUUAACAGCAGCAACACUGUGACCUGCUCAUAUGAUCAUAUGACCCCCUUUGCUGUACUUCUGGUUAAUGUGACACAAAUUGAUGGUCAGCAGUGGAAAAUCCUGUCCUAUCUUACUUACAUUGGUUGUAGUCUUUCGUCAUUUUUCUCAGCAGUUAUCAUCUUCCUCUACGUUUUCAUUAAGAGCACAAACAAAGACAAUUUCCUCCGCAUCCAUGUGUCUUUGAAUGUAGCUGUUUUCCUUCUCAAUACCAGCUUCUUGUUCAUCGAAUGGGGAGUUACAUAUGGCAGUGUAUGUGUCAUAAUAGCAGUCGUAAUACAGUACAGCCUCCUGUCCUGUUUCUCCUGGAUGAUCAUUGAAGCAUUUCAUUUGUAUUUGACUGUAGUCAAAGUGUUCAACAUCUACAUCAGGCAAUACCUGCUCAAGCUGUCACUCUUUGGAUGGGGAGUGCCUGCUGUCCUUGUUGGAGGAAGCCUGUGUGUGUUUGGCAGUACACCUUUUUAUGGCCGGAAAGCGCUCAGUUUAUCAGGCACAAACGGAACAACGCACUUCUGCUGGAUUACCAACACUCAUUUUCUGUACGGCAUGAACAUCUCCUACUUCUCCUUAACAUUCCUGUUCAACACGUGUCUUCUGGUGGUAGUGACCCAUCAGAUAUUUAAGCUGCGAUGCUUGUAUGACAAAGGAAGAAGGCUGCCAUCUCCUAAGGACAUUUGCACUGUUCUGGGUCUGAACAUGCUACUGGGAACGACAUGGGGUUUGAUUUUCUUUACCUCAGGAUACACAAACUACCCCAUUCUGUACCUCUUCUGUAUCUGCAACUCCCUGCAAGGGUUGUUUCUGUUUCUGUGGUUCUGUGGUACAAUGAAGAGGAAGAGACAUGUGGAGGCACAAACAUCAAUUAUGUCAGAGCCAACCAGUACUACAGUGAAUACCUAUGAAAGCAGCUUUGCCCAAUGAUCAGAUAUUGCAAGUCAUUUUGUCAGUUUAAGUCAUUUAGUUAUACAUUAUUUAGAUAGAUAUGAUGCCAAACAAUGAGAACAGUUCCAUAACUACAUUCAGCACCUCACUCUGUAACCUAUCAUGAGUUUCAUUAUUAGUUGCACGGUUCACUUUUUUCAUUUUGUGCUUGAGUUCCUUUUUCUCGAAAGUAAUGAUGCACAUUGUUUUAGAGAAAUCUAGUGUGUGUGUAUAAUAGGUGUAAUGUUCCAUUACAGUUUUUGAUCCAUUUCCAUCUUCAUUUUACGUUUCACUACAUAGAUCAGAUCUUGUGUUUCUGGUAUAAUCUGCAUUUAUCAUCAAACUUAAAAAAAUGUUUGUAAUAACAUUUUAUAUUAAUCAUCACACAUGGAUAUAUUACGCUAUCUGUAUUUUGAUUAUUUGUCUCUUUUUUACUGUAUUAAUCUGAUACUGGAUGGAAUUAUUAUUGUAAGAGUUUGUUUUUUUGCCAUGUUGUUUCCUGUGUAUAAGGCUUAACUUCCUCCCGAGAAUUGCCUUUUUUGUGUUCCUCAAAAUAAAUUCAGGGAUUUUUUUACCUGCUGUCCAUAAACCUUUUCAUAACUGAUUUCGUGUGAUGUUUCUGGUUCAGUUUUAACUGUUGCCGAUUGAGGUUAAUGCACCAUGUGACUUAUGCGCAAUGUGAACAGGAAACAAGAAAAAAAAGCAAACUCUGUUGCAUCAAUAAUAGUUGUAGCAGACCUAUUGAGUUCUUAUCUGGAAAAAAAUGUGUCUACUUGAUUUGCUUUGUAUUUUUCUUUUUUUCUCCAUUUUAUUGCCCAUGAAAGCUCAAGAAAUUCAAGAAUGUUCUCAAGUUCUUGAAAAUUGUAGCAAAAAGAGCAACAUCCCUCUGUGUCUUGAACAGAAAAUGAAAAGUUGUGAAAAUCGUGAAAAACGUAGGAAAGGUUAUGGGCCAGACUUUUAUGCAAA